AUGAUAAUAUUUUCAGUCAUUCUUCACGAGACAGGUAAAGCAAUAAGUAGUAGUAGUAGUAGUAGUAGUAGUAGUAGUAGUAGUAGUAGUAGUAGUAGUAGUAGUAGUAGUAGUAGUAGUAGUAGUAGUAGUAGUAGUAGUAGUAGUAGUAGUAGUAGUAGUAAUUCAAUAUUAAAUAAAUUUUGCCAUUUAUUAAGUGGGAUUAAAGAUGCUAAAUAUGUAAUUACUUGCAAAAGUGCAGUAGUCACAGCUUUGGCUGAUAGAGGUUACUUUCCUAAAUACCAGCGUGAACAGGGAUCCCACACACUUCUACAAAAACACCUGCUUCACAGUUGCCAGAUGCAGAGAAAACUGUGUCAAGGUCAUUUGUCAGCAGAAGAUGGUAUAAGAAAGUAA